AUGCAUUACUCCCACGUCGCCGUCGCCACCCUCCUCCCACUCCUCGCCUUCGCGCAGGACAGCGGCACCAUCACCGACACGGCCGACCAGCCCGGCGAGACCAUCAACGGCGGUCUCAACGACAGCAAUGGCGGCACCCAAUGCCCUGGCGUGCUGUAUAAUAACGAAUACUGCUGCGUCGGCGGCCAACUCACCCUAAGCACCUGCCCAGGCUGGCCCAUCUGCACCGGCCCUGGCACCGUCGACACCGCGACGCAAACCGAGUCUUGCGUGACUCGCAUCCCCGUCACCGCGUCUGACUACAGCGCCCUCAUCAGCAGCUACAGCGAGAGCCUCAAUGGGGGUGCAGCUACUACGGCACAGGGGAGUGGUGGCUCUGGCGCUGCGGAGACUAGUGAUGCUAGCAGCAGCGGCAGCGCUUCUUCUAAUGGUGGCAGCGGUGGAGGGAGUAGCGCGACGGCCGCGAGUGGCAGCGGCAGCGGCAGUGGCAGUUCCAGCAGCUCUGGCAAUGCGGCGGCGGUGGCGCCGACGGCUGGGGUAUUGGGCGUGGGUGGAGUGGCGCCGAUGGGCGUGCUCGCUGGUGGCGUGCUGGGGUUGGCGGCGCUGUUGUGA